AGGGGUGAGCGCGCGGUCGGGAUUAGUGUGGUUAUUGUGCGUGUGCGCAUUGUGCAGGCGGCAGCGACAGUUUCCUCCACAUUCAAACUUUCUUCGCGAGCUUCCAUGGCGAAGUCAAAGCGCUGGCUGCUCUACUGCACAGUUUUCUCCGCUGUACUUUGCGCCGCCGUCGCGCUCAUCUGUCUGUGCGUCGCCUCAUCACUCGUGGACAGAGGAUGUUCCGGAGGACAGUUCCAGCGCGCGGCGGUGUCUGCGGACUCACUGAAGUGCUCCGUGAUCGGCAGAAAUAUGCUACAGCAAGGGGGGUCAGCAGUAGAUGGCGCCAUUGCAGCUCUUCUGUGUACCUCAGUGGUCAACCCACAGAGCAUGGGGCUCGGAGGAGGGUCCAUAAUCACCAUAAGAGAUAAAACAGGUAAAGUGAAAGUGUACAACUCCAGAGAGACAGUGCCACAGUCAUUCAGUGCAAACCUGUUGAACAGAUGUUCUACCGCAGGCCCGCUUACAUCAGGCCCUGACUGGAUCGGUGUUCCUGGAGAACUGCGAGGCUAUGAGGCCAUUCAUAAAGAGUAUGGGAAACUGCCCUGGGCAAAGCUGUUUGAACCCUCAAUUAAACUGGCCAGAGACGGCCUCCCUAUGCCAGCCUUUUUAAGAAAACUCCUCAAGUACCCCAUCAUAAAGACACAAGUGGAAGGUUCAUCACUCUGUGAAAUCCUCUGCAAUAAGAACAAGACUGUUCUGAGUAAAAAUGUAACAAUAAAGUUUCCUAAACUUGCCGACACCAUGGAAACCAUUGCACAGCAGGGACCGGAUGUCUUCUACACAGGAAAGAUUGGACUGGACUUAAUCCAGGACAUAAGAGCUGCAGGCGGAACAUUAAAAAUGGAGGAUUUGAAGACCUAUAAAGUGCGAGUGGAUGAUGCUUGGGAAGUUCCUCUGGGGAAUACAAAGAUGUACAUCCCUCCACCACCUGCUGGGGGCGCCCUGCUUGCCUUCAUUCUCUCACUGAUGAAUGGAUACCUCUUGACUCCAAACUCCCUAGAUGGCAACCAGAAGAUACAGACUUAUCAUCGCUAUAUAGAGGCUGUUAAAUUUGCCAAUGGGCAAAAGCAGAGCAUCUGUGAUCCCAUCUUCAGUGACAAGAAGAGUGCAGCUCAUUUGAUGAAUUCCUCCUUCAUCAACCACAUCAGAGAGAUGAUAUCUCCAAAUUUCACCCAUCCUAAGUCCUACUACAACAUCAAACCUUCCUCUGAUCACUUUGGGACGACACACGUGUCUGUCCUGGAUGAGGAUGGACUGGCUGUGUCUGCCACCAGCACCAUAAACAGCAUAUUCGGCGGGGCUAUUUACUCCCAGAAAACUGGCAUCAUCCUCAACAACGAACUGGCAGACUUCUGUGGCAGAGCAGACUCAGUCAAAGCAGGUGAACAGCCUCCCUCCUCAAUGACUCCGGUGAUAUUGCAGUCAAAGUCCGGAGGGCUUAUUUUGAUUGGUGGAUCAGGCGGAAGCAUGAUUACAACAGCAGUAGCCAUGUCUUUAAUAAAUCGCCUGUGGCUCGGAAUGAGUCUGAAAGACGCCAUUGCUGCGCCGAUUGCAUUUGUUGAUUCAAAGAACAAUGUGAAUUUUGAGGAUCAUUUUGAUAAGGUGGUGAUAGAUGGACUGAGAGCUCUUGGACACAGUGUUGGAGACUGGAAAUAUUACUUCAAUGUGGUGAAUGCUGUGGAAAAGGAGAGUGGCUGCAUUACAGCUGCAUCAGACCGUCGAAAAAUGGGAACGGAGGCUGGGUACUGAACCUGCAGACCAAGAAGAUGAAUUUUAGCCUUAAGUACUGUGAAUCUCUGCAACUGUGACGACAAAGCUGAGCAAUGUCGGCCGUUUUCCUUUCAAGAUCAAUCUGGAAAAUCUGGUUUAACAUGACUGAAUCACUUUCAUUGUUCACAUUCUCAUGCAAGUUGCCUCAGAUUUGGGACGUUAAUGACUUAUCUCCAGUUAGCUCAAUGACAGAGCUGCUUCAGAUCUGCUCUUACGUAUAGUCUAACAUGAGCCACAACAAGACCACCUUAUGUUGUCCAA